UCAUCUCCCUCUCAAACUUCCUCUGCAUCUCUUCUCCUUCUUCAUGAAUCUCUUAAAGAUUCAGAAACCCUCGUCCUUCUCUAUUGGCCGAUCUACGCCUCCGCAUCGUCCUUCUCUCUCUCCUCCCCACCUUCACCUUCCAACUCUUCUGGCUGAACCACAGCCAUGGCUCCUCUCGGCUUCGCCAACCCUUCCCUCAAUUUUCAGGCCAAGGGUUUCUUCCGACGUUGAAGCGGCUCGCGUUUGGGGAGACAGAGAAGAUGACGAGGAAGAAAGGAGGUGUGAAGAAGACUUGGCUCCGAGCAGCGCCGUUUAUCAGAAUACUCUGAGAUUGGUGGAGUGCUCCAUGUUCGCUGCCGUCUCCGGCUUGGCCUAUUUCCUCAGCAACUCUCUUGCCAUUGAGAAUUACUUUGGCUGUUUCUUUGCAUUGCCAAUAGUAAUCUCCUCUAUGAGAUGGGGUAUAGCAGCUGGCAGAAAAACUAUGGUGGCCACUGCUAUGCUACUACUUGUUUUGUCUGGUCCAGUAAAAGCACUGACCUACUUGCUCAUGCAUGGUUUAGUUGGUUUCACCAUGGGCAUGUUGUGGAGGUCAAGGGCAAAUUGGGGUCUUUCAGUCUUCUUGUGCGCAUGUGUUCGAGCUUUAGGUGCCGUGGGGUAUGUUCUGAUAUCAUCCUUCUUAAUAAGAGAAAACAUACUUGCUUUGAUCACCGUAAAUAUCCAUGCUUCUCUUACAUAUAUAAUUACUGGCGUUGGCAUUAACACAAUUCCAUCGAUGAACUUGAUAUACACGAUCUUUGGCACCCUGGUUAUGCUCAAUUGUGGUUUCUUUGUGUUCCUGCUGCACAUUUUGUACGCCGUGUUCUUUACCAGACUCGGGAUGAAGGCUUCAUUGACUCUACCCAGAUGGCUGGAGAAGGCCAUAUAGUGCAGUGCCCUGAACAGUUGCAGUUUCUGUAUGGAGGGUUGGGUUUGUGGCUUCGCUAUUGUCAUGGGCUGCUCAACCGUCAUAUUGAUCAUGUCUCUCUGGCCUUUCCAUUUAUCAAUUUCAUGACCAUUUGGCCGCCAGUCCACGGUCGACACCAUCUUUGAUUCGGAGCAAUUCGUAGCCUAGAUGGCUUCCGUCAUAUUCAUGACACAUUGAUGUGUACCAUUCUUUUUCUUGUUCACUUCGAUCAUAAAGGUCGUGUCAAAGCGUAUCCAAAUGUGUAAUUAAGUUGUUUUUGAACGGGACUGACUUAAUGAGCAGAACGAUAACAUAUCAAAUUUUAAAUCU